AUGAUUGCCGGACUGUCACCUCAGCAGCCUGUUUACCCGCGUGUUUACUGGGUCAAAGCACAUGUGGCUACUUUGCCAACAUCACCCAGGACAGUGUCUCUUCCCUCAUCGUGCGUCUCAAGCCCUGUCGUCUCCCACCGAACGCUCGCGGCUCCAAGCGCCCCUGUGCGGCUGUCGUGUACUCGGCUAUACUCCCAGCCGACCCAUGCUUCUACGCAAUCCUUCGAGCCCAUCCGGCAGGUCUCGGCUCCUUGCCAGAAUCCCUUCCCACGCACGCCGCGAAUCGAGCUCCGGCCGGAGCCUCAACCAACUUCGAGGGUGACCAUCGCCACGAGGCUGGCCUCUGUGGACAGCCCGCGGAACACGAUCGUGGCCCCUGCGACGCUUCCACAAGGGGUGGCCACGCCACCCGUGGAAGCCCACGUGCCAGUGAAGAUUCGAAUGCCCCAGAAGGCUUCGCAAACGCCUCGGACUCCACCAUCGAUGCUGCGAUCAGGUUGGGUCGCCCCGCCGGACCAGUUGUCAAACACAACACCGGUCUUCAAUAAAGGCAUCUCUGUGCUACAGAGGCGGCGUGAGCUGUUGAAGCUGAGAGCGCAGGAGAUGCGCGCCGUGGAGCGCAAGCUGAGACAGGAAGAGUCCGAACGUCGACUCGCAGAGGCGGAGCGCGUGCGUUCGGAGGCGGAGCGCCAGCGUGCAACGCUGCGCCAACGCAGCGAAGAGGCGCAGAGGAGGCAGCAGGAGCAGCGCGAGAGCCUGGCCGGGGAGCUUCGUCGCCUUGCGGAGGCCAAGCGACAGGUCCGCCGCGAGGAAGCUCUGGAGGUGGAGCGUAAGCGUGCAGAUGCACAGAAAGCUCGGCAAGAGGCAGCUGCAAGACGAACGCAGGGAAAGCUUCUGGUGGUGGAGGAGAAGCACCGACUCGCCGAGGAGGCCCGGCGCGUCUCGGAGGAGUGCCGGAAGAAGAGGCUGAGCUUGGGCUCCGAUCCUGGCAAGCCGCAAAGCCCCGUCCUUCGCUGUGAAAACCUUAGAGGUGGACGCAGAAGUGAGGUGUUGGAUGCCAGGCGCCGAGCGGUUCUGGAGCGCGGGCUCACCCGGCGCCGGGCGAAGAGCGCCGAUGCUGCACAGGAGCGCGAGGCGGAGCAGCGCAAAGCCGAGCAAGAGAAGGAGCGCCUCGAGAAGGAGGAGGCAGAGCGCCGUCGCCUUCGCCUGGAGCAGCAAAAGCGCCGAGCCGAGGAGUCCAAGCAGCGGAUUCAGGAGGCCGGAGGAGCUUGGCACGCUGUCUUGGGCCUCACGGCAACGGCCACACUUCAGGAAGUGAAGCAAGCCUUCAGGGAUUUGGCCCUGCUCCAUCAUCCGGACAAGGGCUUCCAGAGCUGCGACGACACGUUCCGUGCUGUGCGGCUGGCAUAUCAGCAGGCGAUCACCAACUUCCAAGAGAAGGCCAAGGCAGCUCCUGGAAGUUUCAAAUCAACUAGAAGGUUUCUCAGGUUGCAGGGCCCACCAGUGGCCGACCUUUUCCGCAUCAGUCGUGCGCUCGCGGACCAACGUAGGCUGGUUCGGGACGACCUCGACGCCAUCGAAGAUGGCAUCUUGCAGAAGCUCCGGCACCAGCGACAGCAGGGCCGCUCCACGUCGCUUCCUCGAAGUCUGGGGUGCGCAGGACCGAGACCGCUGACGACCCACAGCACCAGCCAGACAAGCAAGGCUCAUCUGCAGAUGUCUUCCACCGCACCGCAGUUGGGCUUGCGCACGCUUCCCAAGCCGAUUCUGCAGAAGCCGCAGGACUGCUUCGACCUGUGGCGGGAGUACGACACCAUGCAGCAUGUGUCCGAAGAAGUCGAGAAGAAGCGGCAGAAGCAGGACAAGGCUGACAAGUACCGUCAAGCCUUGGACUUGCAGAUAAAGCAGGCACAAGCUCAGCGUGAGGCCGAGGAGGUGGAGAAGCGGCAAGAUCGGGCAAACAUGCUUGCGGAGAUGGAGCGUGCCCAGUCUGCUGCGACGGAAGAGCUCCAGAAGCAGCUGCAAAAGAAGGAGAUGUUGAAAGAGGCCACCGCGCAGCAACUGGUGCGGGCCGAACGUCACAAGCGGAGUGCGGCUCGGCGCGCCCUCCGGGAUCAAGAAGCGAUGGAUCGCACGCUCGAGCUGGAGGAGCAGUUCCGCCAGCAGGAGCUGACGGAGCGACAGCGACGCAGGGCGGUUGAGUCCCAGUUCAUGAAGACUCAGUUCGAUAUGUCCCAGACCAUGCAGGAGCGCAUGAAGCGGGAAGAGAAGGAGGAAGACACCCAAAGAGCCUUGGAGUGGAUGCGGGCGACGUCACGGCCCCAAGACGCCGAAUUGCCCGGAGGCAUGCUCCACAAGAUCCGUGAGAACCAGAAGCGUGUGGACACUUUGGUUAGCACCAUCGGGGUGGCAAUGGUCGAGAGACAGCGUGCCCAGGAAGAAGCGCUGGACCUCACCAUCGAUCGAAAUUUCAGGGCCUACGAGAAGAAACAGACCGCAGACUUCUUCGCGAAGAAGGCGGAGCGCAGGCGGCAAGCGAAGGAGCUGUUCGCGACGAUCAAGCAGCAGGCCGCCGAGAAGAGGGAGAGGGGCUGGGAGGACAAAGAGGCGGACCGGUGGCAGGCGGCCACUUGGCGCCAGCAGGACUCCGACUUCGCCGAGUCCCAGCGCCUGGCUGCGGAGAGAACCCUGACAGCGCGGAAGGAGAUAGAUGCCAACCUCUUUGGUGCCAUGCUGGCGAAAGCAGGAGCGCACAAGAUGGAGCAGGGAGUGUCUGACAAAACCCGGCACCGCGAGCUUCUCCUGAACAGGCCCCUGAUUGAGCGGAUGGCUCAGUCGGGCUUCAAGCCGGAAAAGACCGUCGCCAUGCUGCAGCAGGCAUCGGCCUAG